CUCAACCGAAGAUCCAUUUGAUUGUACACAGCCUACCCUCUUGGACCUCAGACUCUGGUUGAGAUUGUGCAGAAUGACGCACCGACUUUUCGACGGGCUGGUCCUCCCAGCGUCUGCGGAUUUCCACGUCCAUCUUCGUGACGGUGCUAUGCUCGAAGCGGUCGCUCCUACAAUCAAGCAGGGUGGUGUCGAGACUGUGUUUGUCAUGCCCAACCUCAUCCCACCCAUAACCACGGUCGAGCACGCCUUAUCUUAUAAGCAAUCUAUCUCCAAGUACACCGAUGCAAAAUGUUUAAUGUCAUUGUACCUGCACCCAUCCGUCACGCCCGAUACGAUCCGCCAGGCCAAACAAUCCGGUAUCAUCUACGGCGUCAAGUCCUAUCCAGCAGGCGUAACCACCAACUCUGCCUCGGGCGUUGUCGAUUACGAGCAAUUCUACCCCGUCUUCCGGGCCAUGGAACAGGAAGGCCUGGUCUUGAACCUGCACGGCGAAGCACCACCCGCAGAAGACAUCACGGUGCUCAACGCCGAAGAAGCGUUCCUCCCCACACUCCUUGAUCUGCACCACCGGUUUCCGAAGUUGCGCGUUGUCCUCGAACACUGCACCACGGCCGCGGCCAUCGAGGCUGUGAAGCAAUGCGGGGAUAAUGUCGUGGCGACGAUCACGGCGCAUCAUCUCAGCCUGAUCGUGGACGACUGGGCAGGCGAUCCGAUUAAUUUUUGCAAGCCCGUCGCGAAGUUGCCGAGGGAUCGGCUUGCGCUGUUGAAGGCCGCGACCAGUGGGGAUGAGAAGUUCUUUCUGGGCACGGAUAGUGCACCGCACCCGCUGCGCGCAAAGAAGGGUGGGUUGGACUUCGAGGUAGGGAAGUGUGCGGCGGGUGUGUUCACGCAGCCUUAUGCUACGCAGUACGUGCUGCAAGCUUUUGAAAGAGCGGUAGAAAGGGGCAUGAUUGAGAAAGAGAGGGUGUCGCAAGAUGUGCUGGAGGGAUUUCUAGGCGGCUUUGGACGGAAAUUCUAUCGUAUAGAGGCUAGUGGGGCGAAGAUCAGGAUUUCGGCCAGCGAGGAGAAAGUUAUGGAGAAGGUGGCUGUUCAGAGUGCUGCAGCGAAUGCGGCGGGAGAUGUCAUCGUUCCGUUCAGGAGGAACAGCCCGGUCUAUUCUCUCGAGUGGCUGGCUAAGGAGUGAGUUGCUUCCUAAGACUAUGAACCUUUUGCCAGGACUGGACAGAGGGCAGGAGCGGAGACUGCAUACAUUCCGCGAUCAUACUGCUGCGUCUUCAAUUCGCGCCGAGUUGAAGAACUUUUGGAUCAACAAAGCCGCAGCGACGCUGACGUUCAAGCUGUCAAUGUCUCCAACAUCCGGUCUUGCGUUCGGUAUUCCGACCACUCCGUCGACGAGGUUAUGCAUGAAACUUCGAACACCGGUCUCUUCGUUGCCGAGGACGAGGACACAAGGAUACUUCAACAAGGCACCUUCGGGUUUCAAUGGUCCGACCUUGUUGAACUUUCGAGUGUUAUGGCUAUUCCAAUCACCAGCAGCCUCAGAUGCAUCAGCAGCAAAGAACUUCCAGCCAUUUUCACGAGAAGAUUUGAUGAAUUCCCCCUCGGACCUGACAUGCAGGAUUGGCAUAUGUUCCAGUGCGCCUGCCGAGGCUUUCAGAGCAUUGGUGCUGCCUGCUGCAGAAGCGGUGCCGUGCUCGGGGAUAAGUAUGGCGUCUACACCGAGAAACCAGGCUGAACGUACGAUUGCGCCAAAAUUUCCGGUGUCGGUGAUGCGGUCCAGUAACAGCAUGAAUGGAUAACGGUGAGCCGGACGAUGUGGAUGUAGACGGUUACUGGCCACGUAGUUCUCGAAGGCGAAGACCUUUUGAGGGCUAUGGGCUUGUUCCUGCUUUGCCCAUCCAAUGGUAGCAGAAAUGUCAUCGUCGGGUCGCUUGACGGGAGGCAAGGCCGUGACGGGUAAUGGAGAGAGCGGCGACGUCUCCAUCAAUAUCCCAUUAUGCGGUCGUCCACCGGUAGCUUUGCUGAAUUUGUUCUUCCAGUCACGACCCCGAACCCUUUCGACAC